AUGCACAAACCAAAUUUAAACAAUAGUCAAAAUCAAAUAAAUAACAAUAACAAUAACAAUAACAACAAUAAUAAUAAUAUAAAUAAUAAUAAGAAAUAUAACUCAAGUAAUAAUACAAAUAAUAGUGUAAAUAAUAAUAAUAAUAAUAAUAAUACUAAUAACAAUAAUAAUUGUAAUAAUAGUAAUAAAACAAUGAAUGGGGAAUCUUCACCAUUACAAACAUCAUUGUCGACAUCGCCAUAUAUGAACUCACCAUCUUUGUCAUCUAAUGAAAGUCCUUUGGCCACUAGUGGAUAUUUGAUCGAGGAGGACUCUUUCGAUGGAUUACACCAACAAGAGAAAAAAAUAAAAAAAAUACACAGUCUAACAAUGGAGUUAAAAUCGACACCAAACUUAUCACCACAAUCACCCAUAAUAUCUACACCUACCAUUAAUAGCAGCAAUAAUAAUAGCACAUCAUCCACAUCGUCCCCAAUUAAUAUUCCGGAUAGUUACCAUAGUGACCAAUGUGUGCCAAUGGCAAUUGAUUUAACAUUUAUGGAUCAAAGCUCCCCUUCUUCAACAUGUGGUUUUUUAAAUAAAUUCAAUUCGAACAGCAACUCUAUAAAUACAAGCGGUGAAAGCAUUAGUUUUAUAUCAAACCCAUUCCAAUUUUUCAAAUCAAUAGCAUCAUUUAAAAAAGAUAAUAAUGUAGAAAUAAAUAUAAAUAAAAAUAGCUUUAGUGAUAACAUUGAUUCAUAUAUACAAACAAAUGGAAAAAUAAAUAAAAAUACCAAUAACUCAAUAACUAUCGAAGAUUUACCAUUAGAGAUCAUUGUACACAUAUUCAGCUUUUUAGAAUUUGAUGAUAUUUGUCUAAGAACAUCUUUAAUAAAUAAAAAUUUUAAAGAAAUUUCAGACUAUUAUCCAAUCUGGAAACCACUUUAUUAUAGAAAAUACGCAAAUCAAAUCAAAAAUAAAAAAAACAAACUAUUUAAUAUAGACAUAAACUCAAUUAAUAAAACCACUUCAAUUAAUAGCGAUAUUAAUAUGGAUAAUAGAAAUAUAAAUAACAGUGAUAUUUUAAAUAAAAAGCUUUUAUUUAAUAUAAAUUUAAAUAACAGUAAUAAUAGCAAUAAAGAAAAAGAAACAGUUAAAGAUUACAAACAACUCUAUAAAAAGAGAAAUAUUGUUGAAAAGAAUUGGAAAAAAGGUAUCUGCUCAGUUCAAACGUUAUAUGGGCACCAAGAUGGGGUUUGGGGUGUUCAAUUUCAUGGUGACACUCUAGUUAGCUGUUGUGAAGAUGGUGUUAUGAAGGUCUGGGAUAUAAACGAAGGCGAAUGUUUAAAUACUUUAAUAGGACAUACUGAUGUAGUAAACUCUUUUCAUUUUGAGGGUGAGCGUGUUGUAAGCGGAUCUGAUGACUCAACUUUAAAAAUGUGGAACUCAUCAACCGGCCAAUGUAUGAACACUUUCAAUGGCCACCUUGGCUCAGUUUGGAUGCUCGAGUUUAAAGAUAAUUGGUUAGUAAGUGGCGGCGAUGAUAGGAUGGUCAGGGUAUGGGAUACAAAUACAGGCCAACAGGUUCAAACACUAGAAGGUCAUACUGGUAGAAUUUAUUAUGUUCAAAUGGGUAAUAAUCUUGUUGUAAGCGGUGCACAAGAUCGAUCAUGUAGAGUUUGGGAUUUACGUUCAGGUACCGCUGUUCAUUCAAUGGUAUCAAACUCACCUGUACAUUGUCUUCAAAUAGAUGGUAACUUAUGGUCCGGUGAUUGGGCUGUUGCUACUGGCCAUAAUAACGGCUCAAUUGGUGUAUGGAAUAUAAGAACAGGCACAUUGCAAGCAAUUCUAUCUAACCCAGUUUGCUGCCCAGUUUGGCAUAUUCAAUUUAGAAACAAUAUAAUUUACACAUCAUCAUGCAAUGAUCUAUUCUCUUGGAAUUUAAAUGUUGCUGUAUCAGAUUCAAACAAUGUAACAACCGAAUUAACCUCAAACAAAGUUUUUAAAGGACACACAAAAUCAAUUAAACAUUUCCAAGUUAAGGACAGUAGAUUGGUUUCUGGUGGAUGUGAUAACAAAAUCAAAGUAUGGGAUUUAGAUAAACCAGGAAAUAACUAUCUUUAUACUUUGGUAGGCCAUACCAAGAGCGUAGACUGGUUAGAGUUCAAAAAAGACAAAUUAAUUAGUUGCUCAGCGGAUCAUACAAUCAGGGUUUGGGAUUUUUAUUCCUAA